ACCAAAUCUAUCAAAUAUGGCGACCUUUGAGUGAUUCACUGCGUGUGAAUCAAAAGAAAUUAGACUACUAAGUUGACCUAAUUAAAAUUUAAUCGAUUUACUAAGGAUUAUAACAUAUACACACGGCGAUGAUUUUAUCUUGUAGUUCAUUAUCGUAGACAAUGGCUGCUGAUUCUGGCAAGCCAAUUAGUCGUGUCGAUAUGCGAGAAGGUAAAGAUAAAGCACAAGUAAGUCGACUAAAAAAGCUGAGACGCAGGAUAUCAGCAAGUUUUGGAAGAUUGUCAAUAAGUAAAGAGGAAACUAUCCAUGAAAGUGAUAAUGAAAUUGAUGUGUUUCCUUCUGAUAUGGUAUCAAGUAAUGGAUACUACCCUCAAAAAACAAGAUCUGCCCCUGACACACCACCAACAGUAAAUGGAAAUCAUUCUGUCACAAAUGGAAGUCAUAGUCGGGAAUCCAAAACUUCAAUAACAACUGGAACUAAACAAGUUGUUAUACCAAGAAAUCCGGACGGUCGUCAUACACCUGUUAAACGGCAUCACUCUGCUGGAGACAUGCUUGGUGGUGCACCUUUUCCCUCAGUAACAAAGACAGUGAUUACUGAAAAGCAGCCUCGUCCAAAAUCAGAAGGGCAUGUUUAUAGUCGCCAUUCAAUUUACAAAAGAUCUAGUCCAUCUCCAUUUGGUCGAGCAGAUUCUUAUAGCAAACUUGAGCAGUUGGGUGAAGGAUCAUAUGCCACGGUUUUCAAAGGUCUAAGUAGCCUUACAAAUCAAGUAGUGGCUCUUAAAGAAAUACGUUUACAAGAAGAUGAAGGUGCUCCAUUUACAGCAAUUAGAGAAGCUUCUCUACUGAAAGGUUUGAGACAUGCCAACAUAGUCACACUUCAUGAUAUUAUACAUACAAAAGAGACUUUGACAUUUGUUUUUGAAUAUGUUCAUACUGACCUAAGCCAGUACCUGGAAAAGCAUCCAGGUGGUCUCAAUGCUUCCAACGUUAAGCUAUUUCUAUACCAACUUCUUCGUGGGCUGGCAUUUUGUCAUCAACGUAGAAUACUUCAUAGAGAUCUGAAACCCCAAAACUUAUUGAUCAGCGAAAUUGGAGAACUUAAGCUGGCAGAUUUUGGAUUGGCACGUGCUAAAAGUAUUCCCAGCCACACUUAUUCUCAUGAAGUUGUCACAUUGUGGUAUCGUCCUCCUGAUGUUUUACUUGGUUCUACUGAGUAUUCUACGUCAUUGGAUAUGUGGGGAGUUGGCUGUAUUUUUACAGAGAUGAUUUCUGGUCAAGCUACUUUUCCUGGAAUGAAGGAUGCUUUUGAUCAGCUGAACCAAAUUUUCAAAAUUUUAGGUACCCCUACAGAACAUACAUGGGAUGGUGUAACCAAGUUUAUCAAUUAUGACUUAAAAAAACUAGAGAAACAUCCUGGCCAAACCUUAGCUUGCUGUGUUCCUAAACUUUCAUAUGUACCUCAUGCUGAAGAGUUGGCAGACCAGUUUUUGCAGAUGCAACCCCACCUGAGAAUAUCAGCAGCUGCAGCUAAAAGACAUGUAUAUUUUCAGGAUUUGCCACCUAGGAUACAUGAAUUGUCUGAUGGGACUUCAAUUUUUAACAUUCCUGGCCUUCGCUUGUUUCCUGAAACUGGGGACAUAACAAGCACUCAGAGACGCCAGUCUUCUCGCAGUGGAAUUAGGACAACUCUCAAAAUGUGAUGGACUACAAGCUUUCUGGUUAAAACUGAUCCAUGAUGGUAGCAAUCUCAGUGCCUGUAGUGGUGAUCACUUAUCAAGAGAAAUUUGUGACAAGUUUUUUUGGAUUUUAUUUAUUUAAUUUCAAGUUGACUAGGAUUGACAAAGCAAACAUUUAUCCAAUUGACGAGGCAUAAACCAAAAGAUCUCGUAUUCUUUUACCUCCACAUCAUGAGUUGAGGGAUGAUUAAUAGUUCAGUACUUGUGUUUAUCAGUUUGUGGCAGAGGUGUUGAACAAAUAAAUAGGCCAAUACAAGUGUGUUGUUAAAGAAAGGACUGACUACACCCAUUAAAGCAUCUUUAAGUUCACCAUUGGAACUUCUGUUUAUUCUUUCUGUAAAUGCAGGCUACUGAUGAGUUGGAUCAACAGAACACAUGUAGGCUACUGAUGAGUUGGAUCAACAGAACACAUGUAGGCUACUGAUGAGUUGGAUCAACAGAACACAUGUAGGCUACUGAUGAGUUGGAUCAACAGAACACAUGUAGGCUACUGAUGAGUUGGAUCAACAGAACACAUGUAGGCUACUGAUGAGUUGGAUCAACAGAACACAUGUAGGCUACUGAUGAGUUGGAUCAACAGAACACAUGUAGGCUACUGAUGAGUUGGAUCAACAGAACACAUGUAGGCUACUGAUGAGUUGGAUCAACAGAACACAUGUAGGCUACUGAUGAGUUGGAUCAACAGAACACAUGUAGGCUACUGAUGAGUUGGAUCAACAGAACACAUGUAGGCUACUGAUGAGUUGGAUCAACAGAACACAUGUAGGCUACUGAUGAGUUGGAUCAACAGAACACAUGUAGGCUACUGAUGAGUUGGAUCAACAGAACACAUGUAGGCUACUGAUGAGUUGGAUCAACACAACACAUGUAGGCUACUGAUGAGUUGGAUCAGUUGAAUGUCUUACUACUGAGUAGAAACAUUCCAGCAAAUAGAUUAUGGCUGAUCACUCGGUAAAAUUCAGCUGAAGUAUUAUACUAGUCUAAAUUUGUUAAGAUGCUAAUAAUUAAUCUUUUGACAAGAUUGAUUUAGUCUAGCAUAAUGCUUUUAAGUAGUAGAAAAAAAAAGGAAAAAUUGACUGAACUAUUACCAUGGUUAUCAUUGGGUAUGAUUCUCAGAAUGUGUGAAAAUUAUUUAUGGUCAUUUUCUAAGUGAUUUUUUUUUUUGGCAAUUUAAAAAAAAAAAAAAAAUCUAAGUCUUGUUUUAAAAUUUGUAAUUUUAUUUUCUAAGAUUGAUCAAUCAGAUACACCUUUAUGAAUGCUUUUAAAAAUCUGAUGAAUGUAAGUAAAUAGAUUUGUAAAAAGGUUUCUUUAAAGUAUAUUAACUAUUGUAAGAUGAUCUGUUAAAAGAAAUUAUUACAUCUAAAAUUCAUCAUUUUCACUUCAAGUGGAAGAGGAAGUCUAAAUUUAAAUGACUUCUUGCAUACUUUGUCCAUUUUUCUGCAAACCCCACCCUAUUUCAUGAGCAUGCACAAAGUAUUGUUACGCAUGUGCAUAAUCACAACACUGAAUAGAAAAUCUUGCUGUUUAUUACUGUGUUUGCCUGGUGCAAUACUUAGUAGAUGGAGGGUUGAAUUCUACUGAAAGUGGAGUUGUCAUCUUCUUACGCUACAGCUCCCAGUUUUAUUAUAUUGAAAUUUUAAAUGGUGAUAAUGAAUUUUAUGUUCGUAACUACUUAACCCAUUUUAAAAAUGUUUAAACAUGCUUAACUAGGUUGAAAAACUUGGUGUUGUAUUCAAAAGCUCCCAGCUAUUGUACUAAUACUUAAAAAACUAAUUUAGUAUAUGAUGUAGGAAAGUUUGAUGUCACUCCAAAUAUUUCAAAUAGUUGUGUCUAUUUAUUUUCCAAAUGCCACAAAUGGUGUUAGUAGUCUAUUGAUAUUGUUUUUCAAAUCAAGUGGACUCAUAACCAUCAUGUAGAACAAAAUGUACCACAUUACUAUAAAUGUGUAUAUGAUAAUCAGUGUGUUAAAUGUGUUCUACUCAUAGUUAACUUUAAAUUAAAUUACUCAAUUCAACUGAAAAUUAAAUCUAAGAUCAUAUUUUUCACUUUUAUGUAAUAUUUUAGUUUUGGCAACCAAGGAGAAAAUAAAUGAAAAAUAAAGGUGUUUAGAAAUAAUGGGUUAGCACAUAAUUAUAACUUUUUUUUUUUAAAUGUUGAAUCACAUUAAAUGAAAUCUUAUUGAAAAAUGUUAAACAAAUGAACAAAAUGCAUUUUAACCUAUGAAAAUCCAGUAGGCUAUCCAAAUACUUACCUAUGUAGAGUUGGGUGCAUACAUACUAUCUAGCUGCAAUUGAAAAGGGCAGAAAUCAGUGGGUUCUUGCAAUACAAUCUGUUCAGGACCAACAUUAUUUAUUGCAUUUAAAUUCAUUUAUUGGUUUUAAUUAAUCCCUUAAGCAAAUUUUAAAAAACUCAAAGCAAAAACAAUGAAUUAGCCUUACACCAAACCAUUGCAAAACAUUCUUAGCAUGCCCACAGGCUGAUGAACAACUACAUGCUUAAGAUACUAACCACAACACCAAAAGUAAAAAAAAAAAAACAACACAGGGCACUUAGCAUUGCCUGAACAGAGCAGUGGAAGCCAUUUGUUGUUGACAUGAACUCAUGUGAGGAGGCAUUUAAAAUGUGUCAGGCUUAUGUUUUUCGAGACCCACUCAAUCUUGCCAAUAUUUUAAUUGCAGUAUCUCUAAUGUAUUUAGCCUCUUUAUUCUGAUUUUGUAAAUAGUAACAGUCAAUUAAAAUAACUUAUGAAUAGAACAGAAGUUUGGAAAGAUUAUAAUGCUUUCCACUAAAAACUAAAAAUGGUUGUCAUUUACAGAUCAUUCUUGUAUGAGGUGUACAUUUUUUUGUAUUUUAAUAUGUAAAAAUUGUUUAUAUAUGUAUGAGUGUGUAGAUGAAUUGUAUCAAUACUCAACUAUUUUGUGUAUAUUUUGUCUAAUUGCAUUUCCUUUAUUUGACUUCAAAAUGUGUGUUAAAUCCAUUCAUUAAAGUUCUUGUACAUAGCUAUAAAUUGAAAAAAAUUGGUAGGUGUUGUUCUUUCAUUGCAUUUAUCAUUUAAAAUUUUAAUAUCAUUAUCUGUCUUACAUUUUAUAUGGGAAAAAAACAAUUUAGUUUUUGUACAAAAUAUGUUUCUUCUAUGUAAAUGUACAUUUUUGUUAUACACAAUGUAGUUUCUUACUAGCACAAAUGUACAAACUAAACAAUUUAUAAAAGGAUUAAAGUUUUUUUUUUUUAAUAAUAAAAUGUAUUAUCAUUUUAGAAUUGUAAUAAUUGUAUUUAGAUAGCUGAUAGUCUAAGUUUCUGUUAUAAUUUUUUUAAAAGUGAAACAUUCAUGUUCCGUGUUAAAUGCAACACAUAGAAAGACUAUUUGCCAUCAAAUUCAAAGGAAAAUUUUUCCUUAAAAAAGAUUUAACCUGACCAAGGAACUAUGACCAUAAGAGUGUAACUUUGCUUCUUUAAAAAUAAAAACUGCAACAAAUUAAAAAAGUGGUCCAUAAAUUCUAUCACAGGCAAAAAGCUAUAAAUGAUACAUUUUUAAAAUAAACUACUUUUUGGUAAAAAAAAAACCCCAGUAACUAUUAUUUUAUAUAUUUAUAUAAAGACAAAAAGUUUAUGAAUGUAAUUACACUCCGCUCAUUAUUUGAUAGGGAAAUUUAAGCAAAAACCAGCUGCACCUCGCAAGCAUUAUGAUUUUAAAAUUUACAGUGUAGAUCCUUACUAUUAUUUGUGUAUCUCAAUUCUAAUGUAAGAAUUAUUUUUAAAUUAAAAAAAAAAUUUAGUGUAGAAUGCCUAUCUAAAAAGUUUCAAUAGCUGACAUAAAUUAUUGCUCAAUAUAUGUUGAAUAAAAUUCUUUAUAUUUUAGGCUUUUACUGAUUGUUCUAAAAAGUAUAAAUUAUGUAAUUUUUUAAAAUCAUUUUUGUUGUUUUAAAUAGGAUUUAUAAUUUUUAAAGGAAAAUUAUUUUUAGUUUGUGUUAACAGCAAAACAGAGACACUUAAAAUAGUUAAGUAUAUAUAAUCUUUAAAUUUUCAUACAAGUGAACUUUUAUUUUAACAAGCAAUUUUUACUAUCCAUGGACUUUUUUGAACAUUGCAUGCAUCACAUAAUUAUAAUAAAACUCCUUAAAAGUUUGAGAGAGAACAGAUUAUUAAAAUAAAGAGCAUUUUCACCCAAGUAAUGACAGUUACAUAUAAAGCAACUUGGAUUCCAUUACCAGUGUUCUUUCUUGGAAUAUUUAAUUUUGAUGUUUUGUAGAUUUCAUUUGUUUUAAAAAUCCUGAUUUAUGACAAGAAAAGCAAUAAUUUGAAAGGUUUUUAACAACUAUUAUCAUGCACACUGAAGUUAAUUAAUAAAAUAUGUCAUCUUAAACACACCAAUUUUUUAAGAGAAAUGCCCUAAAAAUCUUUGAAAUGAAUACAUUUUAAAAAUUCUUUGAAAUUUCAGUCUUUACUUAAAAUCCUUAUUGACUUACAGAAAGUUAAUAAUGUGCUUUUAAAAUCAUUUUCGAAAAUUAUUGCUCAUGAAUUAUUAAACUUUUUAAUUACAGUUAUUUUAUAAUGAAUCCUAGACUAGUUCUAUCUGAAUUCUUGUUUUUGGUUCAGAAGCUACUACAUCAAAUAACAGUUUUGUUCAUAAAGAUGAAAAACACUUUCUUUUGUUAAGUUAAAUGGACCAUAAAUUAAACCCUAAAAAUACAAUAUAAUGCAACAAAAACUGUUAAGUGUUGGUUGUAUACUUGCACAGUAAUUCCCUUAACAGUUAUUUAUUCAAAAUACAUGGAAAUUUGAAUAACUUAAUAGUGGGUCUAUUAAGGAAUACAAUUUUCUUUUUAAUUGCUAAGAUAGUUUCACCUGAAAAUGUAAUUAUUACUGAGAUUACAAUUACAUACAUGUACUGUCUCAUAAGUUGUUAACGUUGUUUUUAAAAUAUAUGAACUAUUAAAACUAGUGAAGUGCGAGUUGUUUUUCCUCUCAUUAGUAGAUGGCAACCGUCUUUUAAUGCAAGGACAUCAUUUCCAUCAAGAAAAUGCCAAGUUUAAGUAACACUUUGCAUUCAUUUAGUUAAGUUAUUUUUAUAACUAAAAUUAAUUUGAAAAAAUAAUGUUUGUUCUUUUAAACUGAAGCCAUCAUGUUCUACUGAAUAUAGACUAGUUAUGGGUGUAAAUAAUAUAUAAAGAAGUGGAUCUUUUUCUUUCUUUUUGGAUACUUGUGUUUUCAGAUUUAUGACUUAAAUAUUGCUUUCAAUUAAUUCAAUAAAGUUGUAAAAAAUAAAAUUUUAAGUGCAUUUUCUUUAUAAUGUCAUCUCAUCUGAGAAUUUGCAGGUGCCUUGAAACAAAUUUUAAUUGUGACACAUGUAUUGUUUGAACAGGCAGCUUGCAUUGGCGAGAAGUAUUUUUAUAAUUUUAUUGGAAGAGAAGAUUAAUUAAAACAGAAACUGUUUUAAAUUUAGUGCAACUAUAUAUUGCAAGAAAAAGUUUUUGUUUCAAAAAAAGAUAGUUUUAUGGUUUGUGAGUUUUGUUUCCACUGCUUUUAAUCAAUAAUUAUUGUAGUGACAGUUAUAAUAAAAUUUGUCAAAAUCAAAACCUAUAAAUGCAAUACUAUUCAAAUACAUGAAACAAAUGUCUGAGGUUGUGCUUAUUGUCUUGAAAUUCACUGGAGAAGGUUAAAAAUAUUUUAACUAUAGUAUAUGUGCAAUGAAUUAAUAUUUAUUCCAUUAUUCAUUUGCUUUUUUUAUGUUGCUGCUUAAUUGGAUGAUGUGGUUUUGUCCUACAUGUGCAUGACAUUUUGCCUAAUAAAAUUCAUUUAGAAAACAU